AGAAUCUGAAGUUGAAUUCGAAAAUGAAACAAUGUCAAGAAGUCUUGGUGAUGACCAAAUACAAAACGAUAAGAUUAUAUUAAAUGUCGAUACUCUUCUUGGUACAAUGUUCCAUCCUCGUAACAAAGAAAUGCUUCAUCCGACAAACGGAAAUGAAUAUUUCAUUGAUCGAAGUGGCUACGCUUUUUAUUAUAUUUUGGAAUACUAUCGUACCGGAUCAAUUAUUUGGAGUCCAGCUUUAGAAACUUUAAGUGAUUUUUCAUCACCACCUCUUUCUACUAUUAUCCCUUGUUCACCUUCUAUUUCAUCAUCGCAUACAGAAGUUAAUAACGCUACAGUUCCAACUGGUGCAGCUGCAGCUGUAAUAGCAUCUACUUCAUCUUUUAUUAAUAAAAAAUUUAAUUAUUUUCAAAUUCCAUUUACUUCUCAAGUUUCUGUAGCACAAAAAGCUGCAGGUGAACUUUUAGAUUCUUUCGCUUAUGCAAUUGAAGAAGUCCUUUGUGCAAGUAUUGCAAAAUUAAUAGAUAGAAUUUCUAUAACUUUUUAUCGUGAUGGAUCACAAAUGGAAUAUUUACAAUUUUCCCAAGAAGUUCAUAAAUUAAGAGAAUUUUCUUUAAAUGGUUAUUGUAUUAUUAACCAUUUUUAUGAGGAUAUUAAAAAAUAUCUUGAAGAAAUUUUUCCUAAUAUGAAAAUUAAAUUGGAAUUUGGUGCUAAUUAUAAAUGUUUAACAAUAAGUAUGAGUCAUCUGUUCACUAGAAAUACUAUCAAAGAACAUUCAAAAAUUGGAAAAUUAAACAAAAAUUAG